AAAGGGGGCCAGCUCUCCCUGCCCUCCACACCCGGAGGCUGGGCCAGGCGGGGCAAGGAGAGGCCGGGCGCUGAGGCGAGGCAAGAGCCGCCCAAGCACCCAAGUGCUGCUGCCGUCCUGCUCUCGCUUGCCGCCCGUGGUGCAGUGAGCCCUCAGCCAAGCUGAGAAGCUCCUUCCACAGAAAGAAGGCUGUGAAAGGGGAGAUAUGGCAGCGCCUAGGCUUCACCGAGCCCGGGAAGUUGCCCUCUGAAGCCUAUGUUGUUGCUGGUUACUUCAGUUUAGAAGAACGAGGCUGGGACGACAGGAGCUGCAACAGGAUGAGAGAGAAAGUCCUUCAUCAGAUGGAGCAGGGGGAAGAAGGGAGCUAACAGCAAGCCUGGGGACAGCCACCUCUGCUGCAAAUACGAGAUUUUAUGUUGAAAAGCUGGCUGAUUACAAUAUCUCUGGGAAGAGAAGAGCGAUGUCCCGGGGGUUACUGCAGGAGAUGCGCCCCGCCAUGCUCACACUGCUUCGCUGAAGCUCUGAGGAGAAACCGAAGCUCAGAGCACCCCGUCACACAUCUACAACCUCUCGCUUGAGGUUUGAAAAGUUGCAAUAAAAAUAGCAGAGAAAGCUUCGAACCACAGGAAGCCAGGCUUGUAUUUUAAAUAUACCAUUAUAAUGGUAAGCUCUAACUGUUCCACUGAGGACUCCUUUAAAUAUACUUUAUACGGAUGUAUCUUUAGCAUGGUAUUUGUUCUUGGCCUCAUAGCAAACUGCGUUGCUAUCUACAUUUUCACUUUUACAUUAAAAGUGCGAAAUGAGACCACCACGUACAUGCUUAAUUUAGCAAUAUCUGAUCUGCUUUUUGUGUUUACAUUGCCCUUCAGGAUUUAUUACUUUACGGAAAGAAACUGGCCCUUUGGAGACAUUCUUUGCAAGAUUUCUGUCACACUCUUUUAUACAAACAUGUACGGGAGCAUUUUGUUUUUGACCUGCAUAAGUGUAGAUCGCUUUCUAGCUAUAGUUUACCCAUUUCAAUCAAAGACCCUUCGAACCAAAAGAAAUGCGAAAAUAGUCUGUGCCGCAGUGUGGAUAACCGUGUUAGCAGGGAGCACACCAGCAAGCUUCUUUCAGUCUACAAACCUCCGGAACAACACCGAACAAAGAACAUGCUUUGAAAAUUUUCCGGAGGCCACCUGGAAAACCUACCUAUCCAGGAUUGUCAUCUUCAUUGAAAUAGUGGGAUUUUUCAUUCCACUCAUCGUGAAUGUGACCUGUUCUACUAUGGUCCUACGAACGCUGAACAAACCCCUUACGUUGAGUCGGAAUAAAUUAAGCAAGAAAAAGGUACUCAAAAUGAUUUUUGUCCACUUGGUGAUAUUCUGCUCUUGUUUUGUGCCUUAUAACAUUACCUUAAUUCUGUACUCUCUCAUGAGAACGCAGACAUGGAUUAAUUGUUCGGUGGUAACCGCGGUCAGGACCAUGUACCCUGUCACCCUGUGCAUCGCCGUCUCAAACUGUUGUUUUGACCCGAUAGUGUAUUAUUUCACUUCGGACAAUUCAAAAUUCGAUAAAAAAUAACAGGCUCACUAGAACACGUGAUACCAGGUUCUCUGAGAUGCCAGUUACAGAAAGCUUUAUUCAACACAGCCUUCAGACCAUAAAAAUGAAAAUAUUUGACAGUGACUCUCCAAAAUAAACUGCAUUAAGAGACUGCUGGGACUAAACUGGAAUUAGAAGCCUGCACAUUUCUUCAGCUGUGAAAAUAUGUUCUGAUCUGUAAACGUUACUCCUCCUUUAUAUCAGAAAAGUUUAUGAUAUGACUAAGUAUUAAGCAUAAUAGUACAUAGAGAAAAUACUUUAAAAAUUUACAUCAGACAUCUGUUUUUACUGUAAUUGUGUUAAAAACAAACUUCUGUUUUCAGCCUAUGCUACCAAAGUCCAAAGACUAGUUUGUCAAGUCAAAAAAACAAAUAAGAAACUAGGUCUCUUCCAAAAUUAACCUAACCGCUUGUUUUAAAUAAUUAUAUCGGUUUCCAAGCUACUGAGGACAGGGGGGUGAAGCUAGUUGGUUUACAACACAGAAUCCACUUACCGAUCAUAUUGGUCAAGUAAUUACAGCUAGCAUGCCUGCCUUCAAAUUUCCUCUUCCCACUCCCUCAGCUCCUAACCUCCUUUAUUUCUCCCAGUAACUUCCUUCAUCGUAAAAGGCUUCGAUCACUGUGCUAACAAUAUCUUCAUUUCUCUGUACCUGCCCUUCCCCAGUUAACCAUCUUCCAUAAGUAAUAAAUUACCUGUCUGCUGCCUAUUCCCCCAAAACCAACAGAUUUGUUAUCUCCCCUUCCACUAACAUCCCCUUUUCCUCCCCAGCUCCAAACUAUGCUUUCUCCCAGAUUAUCUAAACAAUUCAUGCGCUUGCUUUAACCUCAAAAACAAUUAUUCUCAACACAAUCAGCUUUAAAGACUGAUGUUUCUGUUUCAGAUCUGGAAAAAAAAGACUACUGUUUCUCCACUUAUCUGAUAGAAUAUAUUCCUUCUCCACAAGCCUUACCUCCAUAAAGAAAUUAAAUCUUUGAGUAGUUUGGGGCAUCUGGAAACAACUCAGAAAAACUGGUUUUUCUUCUCACCUCUGUCUCAGAUGUCUGUGUAAUUACAACAAAAAUAACCUCUGAUGACUGAAGGUGGUGCUUUAAAUUACAGUACCACUUUAUUAAACUCUUUUCUGAGAAGUUCUCCAACUCGACACAAACUUUAAGCAAAAUAACAUCCUCCAAGUAAGGUAACUCAAUCCCGAAAUACCACUUUGCUAUUAAAAAGACACGACCCUUGAUGACUAGAAAUGAGUAUGCACAUUAACCAAAAUAUUUCUUUCAGGAAACCAUUUGGUGUCCCAUAAAGAAAUUCAAGACACAGUAGUGUUCAGAAUGAGCCUUCCUCUCAAGCUUAGUGCCCAAGAAAUAUUUUGGCUUUUUAACAUUAGCAUUUAAAAUUUCUAAUGUUGUUUUCUUGUGAACUUGAUAAAAAUAAAGUUAGCUGAGGCUAUGUGCUGGCAAAAUUGAGACACUGUAAAGUCAAGGCCAAUGUAAAAGGAGUUUAUGUACAUUACUGUUACAAACAGGAAUAUAAAUACAAAAGAGUUUUAAGUGUCUUGCUAUGUUUGUUUCUCAGUUACUAGAGCACUGUACAUUUUCCUCAAAGUUAAUUUAACACUAAAAUUAAAUAAAUAUUUAAAAGGUA